AUGGCUUCCGUCACCCGUUCAUCGCGGCGCGCUGAAGUUCCGCAUCAGCAUCAUCAUCACUCGCACCACCACCUGCCAUCCCCAGCAAGCGUAUUUGCCCACACCCAGGGCGGAGGAGGACCACCAGGGGCAGGGCGCAACAAGAGGGCACUCGAUGCACACGAUCGCGACUUUGAUGCGAUAAAGCCCAAGAAAUCGCGUAUAACAGUAGAAGUUCCUGCAAAGGGCUCCCACAGACUCCGUGUCGCCAAUAUCGACAAAGAAGCCUCGCCCGCGCGCCAACCUACUGCGACGCCUACAGUGGCGACUGCGACGACACCAAAGAUCCCUUCCCCCCCGACCGACAACGCGACAUUGGAGCCAAAGCAAGAGCAAACCCUUACACAACACCAGAGCAAGGUCAUUAAUGGCCUAAAACACGAACUCGAUCGGUUACAACCUCAGCCGAGCGAUACCAACACAAAAGAACAAGGCCGGAAGCUUCGCUCCCAGGAAGCCACUAGGUUCAAGAGCGAGCUUUCUGCCUAUUUCUCUGAUUACGAUGAGGUAAUUGGCAACGAGCCCAAAGAACAACAACUGUUCACUGUCGAAACGCCGAUAGUUAUUGUCGACUCUGACGCACGACGCGCAGUUUCAGACAACCAACGCGCCAUUCCGCAGCAUCCCAACCCCGCAACUGAGUAUCCCGUACGCGGAUAUGGCGAUGCAUUAUUUUUUAACGUCUUUGAUUGUCAGCAAAUCGACUUGGGAUUUUUAGAGUCCAAAAACAAAACAGUCGAAGAUCCUUUGCCAGAUAAAUUAUUUCAGCCAAUACAUCGUCGAGCUGAGCGACUGGAAAGAUCAGUACGCAAUGCUGAGAAAGGUCGAGCUCAACAUGAAAAAGACCACAUUAUUCGGCUUCUCGAAGGCCUGCAAGGCCACGAUUGGUUGAGAGUCAUGGGCGUGAGUGGAGUAACAGAAACCAAGAAGAAGACGUUUGAACCCGCUCGCAAUCACUUCAUCAAGGGUUGUCAGGCUGUCCUUGACAAAUAUCGGAACUAUGUUCUGGAAGAGAAGAAGCGCAAGAUGGAGAAAGACAGAGCUCGAGCCGAGAAAGAGCACGAAGACUCGAGUAUCGAUGAAGACGAAACAAGCGACGAGACGGCUGAUGGCAAUGUUAGCGACUCAGCAUCACCGGCAAAGCAACUUCAAGAGGAAGCAAUGGCAAGGUCUAGAUCCUCAAAAGGAUCCAAAAACCGCAAAGCGACGCCUCAGCCACCUGCAGCUAAGGCUCCGCGUCCUGCAAAGGCACCACCCGCUCUAAAGCCACCAGAGCCGCCUAAGGAGUUCAAGUCGUUCUUCGCAAAGCGAUACGAGCGUGACAGCGCUCUAAAUAGGAACAGGCGUACAGGAAGAAAGGUAAUGGCAUGGGGCCUGCCCAUUCCUGAGAUACCCGAUGUUGAUUUUGAUUUACCGGAGGAAUACCGCGAUGAAGAUACCCUCAAGGUCCGGGCGAGAAAAAAGCGCCGGGAUCGAAGACGCAGCAAAAAGUGA